AUGUCGGCCAACUCUACGGACGCUGCAUCCGCCGCCGCCGCGGCAGCAGCAGCGGCAGCGGCAACGGCAGCCGCCGCCAUCCCGGCACUCGAUGAGACGAUGGGCGCCUUCUACAUCGGCGUAGUGUUCAGUGCAUCACUGUACGGUGUGACGUGCUUGCAAACGUACCACUAUUACCACUCGUACCCCGGCGACGCAUUAUACAUGAAGGCGCUUGUCGGCAUCGUCUUCUUGCUUGACACACUUCACCAAGUGUUGAUCUCGCAUGCGGUCUACAUCUACUUGGUCACGAACUACUUCAACCCGGCGAUCCUCACCACCGUCGUCUGGAGUGUCGUUGCGGAGGUCAUGGUUAACGGCGUCAUGGCGCUGCUCGUGCAGUUCUUCUUUGUCUUCCGUGCAUGGAAGCUCAGCAACGGAAACUGGUUCCUGUCCGCUCCUAUCGCCGCCAUGUCGCUCGCCGAAUUCGGUGUCAUCACUGCCUAUGUUAUCAAGGCAGCGCCGUUCACCAACUACGCACAAGCGGCGUCGCUCAAGUCGAUCUCCUUGACCGUCAACGCGCUUACUGCCAUUACGGAUGUCGCGAUCGCACUUGUGCUCUGCUACCUCCUUCAGCAGUCGCGUACCGGUUUCAAGCGGUCGGACACACUCAUCACCAAGCUCAUCAUCUUCACGGUGAAUACCGGCUUACUGACCUCGCUGGACGCUAUUGCGUCUCUGGUCUCGUAUGCCGCGAGCCCCAACACAUUCCUUUACAUCUGCUUCUUCUUCGCCCUCGGAAGGCUGUAUUCCAACUCGCUCCUCGCAACGCUCAAUGUACGCCGUUCAUUAUCGGGCGGUUCCUCAGCGGGCGUCGAGAGCACAAGCAUCUCGCUUCAGGGUGUGCGCCCGUCGGCGACACAAACUGCGAACAUGAUGACCAGCAUGAGUAAGCCGCAACAUCAUGUGGCGAUCAAGGUCGACACGACACAGGAGUUUGCGCAUGAUGUCGACUCUUCCGAGCUCGCCGAGCUGCGCAAGGAGCAGGGCUAUGGCGUUGGCGCGUACAGCCCAGCAUGA